GUCCGCGCCGCCUCCACCGCCGGCGCCGGGCGGAGGGGCCGGGCCGGGCGGGGAGGAGAGGGAGACUCAGCUCCCCUCGGGGUGGCGGUGCCGGGACCGGUCUCUCUCCACCGCCCUCCGCUCACCGGCGGGGCAGGAAUGGAGGCUGCCUGGCGCCAGGGAGGCCGGGGCCGCGGCCGUGGCCGCGCCAGGCCCGGGGACGGACUCGCCGCCCGCGCUGGGGCGGCCGCCCGGCCCCCGGCCCCGAGGGCCCGCGGCAGUGCCCGCGCUGCGGCCGCAGGGACCAUCGGCGAGGGGGCCAGCGAAUUAUCUUCACUGAAGAAAUUUGAUGAAAUUAAGAAGGCUAAUCAGGCUGCAGCAAAAAAGCUAAUUGGAGAUCAAUUAAGCUCCUCGUCUGAAGAUGAUGAUGAAGAUGCUGAAGUGAAACAAGGAAAGAUUUUGGACAAAACGUUUAACAUUUACACCAGUCAAACUGAUGGAGAUGCAAGUGAACUGGAACGUACAAGACAGUACAUGAAUGAAGCUUUUCAGUCAGGGGCUAUGACAUGUCUCAUCUGCAUUGCUUCUGUUAAAAGGAACCAAGCUGUCUGGAGCUGCUGUGGGUGCUUUUGUAUAUUUCACCUGGUGUGUAUCCAGAAGUGGGCCAAGGACAGCCUUUUCCUUGUGUCGUCUCCUUUGACGGAUGAGGAUUUUGGGAAGAAAGAUUAUCCCUGGCCAUGUCCAAAAUGUAGGUUUGAAUACAAGCGCUCUGAAACUCCCAGUAGGUAUUACUGUUACUGUGGAAAAGUGGAGAAUCCAACAGUGGACCCAUGGCUGGUACCUCACUCCUGUGGUCAGAUAUGUGAGAGGGAAUUCAAACCUUCUUGUGGUCAUAAAUGUUUGCUGCUUUGUCAUCCAGGACCCUGUCCACCUUGCCCGAAGAUGGUCACAACAACCUGUCACUGUAAGAAGGCUAAACCAGUGCCCCGGAGGUGCAGUGCCAAGGAGUGGUCGUGUCGCCUGCCGUGUGGACGAACACUGCUGUGUGGACAACAUACUUGUGAGAAUUCCUGUCAUGCAGGAGAUUGUCAGCCUUGUCCACGUGUCAGUAAACAACGGUGUAUCUGUGGAAGACAGGCAGCAGAAAGACUUUGUGCAAGUCCUCAGUGGCAGUGUGAUCAGGUGUGUAGGAAACGUUUGCCAUGUGGUAAUCACACAUGUGAACAAGUUUGUCAUGUUGGUCCCUGUGGAGACUGUCCUCGUUCUGGGAAAAGGUCCUGUCCAUGUGGAAAAACAAAGUUUACAUUGCCUUGCACAGAAGAUGUGCCCACCUGUGGUGAUAGUUGUGACAAAGUUCUGGAAUGUGGCAUCCAUAAAUGUUCACAGCGCUGUCAUCGGGGUCCCUGUGAAAUAUGCAGACAGGAGGUUGAAAAGCAGUGUCGCUGUGGAAAGCACACUAAACGCAUGCCAUGUCAUAAGCCAUAUCUGUGUGAAACAAAGUGUACGAAAAUUCGAGAUUGCCAAAAGCACCAGUGUCGGAGAAAGUGCUGUUCUGGAAAUUGUCCACCUUGUGAUCAAGUCUGUGGGCGGACUCUAGGCUGCAGAAAUCACAAAUGUCCUUCAGGUUGCCACAGAGGUAGUUGUAAUCCAUGUCCAGAGUCUGUAGAUGUGAAAUGCAAUUGUGGAAAAACUGUCAUUAAAGUGCCCUGUGGCAGGGAGCGUACCAUCAGACCUCCCAAAUGCAAGCAGCUGUGCAGUCGACCACCUACCUGCCACCACUCUACCCAGGAGAAACACUAUUGUCACUUUGGGCGGUGUCCUCCGUGUCGUCAACCCUGCCAGAAAACCUUAACAUGUGGUCAUUUGUGCCCUGUUUCCUGCCACGACGAAGCUCUUGUGAGGCAAACUGGCUCACAUCAGUCUGCAGGUCCUUGGGAACAGCCAUCUGAGCCAGCUUUCAUUCAAACUGCAUUACCGUGUCCUCCCUGUGAGGUUCCUAUACCAGUGGAGUGUCUUGGACAGCAUGAGGUUAGUCCCUUACCCUGUCACUCUGCAAAUCCCUACUCAUGUAAAAGAUACUGUGGGAGGCUUCUUGAUUGCCAGAAUCACACCUGUAUGAAAGAAUGUCAUCAUGUUACUAAACUGAACAGUAGUGCAGAUGCAAAGAAGGCGGGUCCAGAAUGUUCACAGUGUGAAGAGGAGUGUACCAAGCCCCGGCCAUCUGGCUGUCCUCACCGAUGUGUUUUGCCUUGUCAUCCUGGGGAUUGCCCAUCAUGUCUCCAGAUGCUUAAAAUAAAGUGUCACUGUAAACUAUCAGUACUGUAUGUUGAAUGCUUAAAACUAACAUGUGCUGAUUUAAAAGAAAAGGAGCGUCUUAUUUCCUGCAAAAAUCAAUGCCCAAAAGAGUUGCCCUGUGGUCACCGAUGUAAAGAGAUUUGUCAUUCAGGUAGCUGUCCUCUGAACUGCAACCAGAAGGUUAAACUCCGAUGUCUCUGUAAGAGACUGAAAAAGGAAAUACAGUGCAGCAAGAUACAAGAAGGCCAAGUUUCACUGGAAUGCGAUGCGUUAUGCAAGGAAAUGAAGCGGAAAGCAUCUGAGAUAAAAGAGGCAGAAGCCAAAGCUGCUAUUGAAGAAGAGAAGCGAAGACAACAGGCUGAGCUGGAAGCUUUCGAAAACAGAUUAAAAGGGCGAAGAAAGAAUAAGAGAAGAAAAGACGAAGUAGAAGUUGAACCAUCAUUGUGGCAAAAAUACAAGAACCUCAUUAUGUUGCCAGUGUUUGGAGUUGCUGUUGUGAUGGUUGCAUGGCUCAUGGUCUACAAUGGCUGAAAACAACUUAAUAUUUAAUAUACCUCAGUUGGACUUUAGGUAGCUAUUAUUCCUAGAAUGUCAAUCUGUGCGUAACAGAACUUAACAUGCAUAGAUUAUGCGUGUAUACUAUUUGCCAAGAAAAGUGCAGAGGAGGGAAGAAAUGUCACCUUUUGUGUACUACAUACACAGCACGAAACUGAACUCAGACACUGAAAGUAAUAGUAGAUUUUAAUCUACACUGAAGUGCUGAUAGUUUGUCUGACUGAGAUCUGUUAACAUCUCCUCUAUUAGUAGUGUUACUUUUCCUUGUCUCCAUUUCAUAAUAUUAAGAAUAGUUUGGUAUAAAAUGCUUUACUGAAUAUAUGUUUCCUGUAAAAUCAGUUCAGUGGUUUACUGAAGAUUAGUGUUCUUAUGCUGGUCUUUAUGUUGUAUCACAAAAUAAUUUCUGUGCUUCAUGUCAGUUUUAAUUAUGACAACUAACAGGGAACUUUGGAUCACUUAGUCUUGAAUAUUCUGUGGCCUCGUUCAGAGAAAGGAAAUAUAUCACAGCUAUAUCACAAACAAUACAGUGGCCCCCUUACAGACUGCAGACUGUGAGGUUUGCUUUUUCAUUGUUUCCCCACCUCCGCUCUUCUUUCCUCAAGAUCAAACUAAUUGAAAAGUUCAUUUAGUGGACAGAUACAUUGGCUGAACAUGGAUGUAAAGUAGUUUCAGAGUACAGGGGUGCCUUUUUAUCACUUUCCCCAAAUGCCAACAGCAGAAAAACAAUUCAAAAUUGAACUUAAGAGUAUCACUUGACUGUUUGUAUAGAUAAAUGUCACAGUUGGCAAUUUGCACAGGUGUGUGAAAACAUAAUUGAAUAGUGUCAUAAUACAGUUAGAUGUCAUUCUGAAACCAUCUGGAUGGUGCUUGCUAGUCACAUAGAAACUAUCUAGCUAAACUUUUAAACGUUUAAAUAUUUUCUUACUGACAGUUUGGAAUACCUUGCUUAAGGUUAUAAGUGUUGGUUGGUAGAAUUGAGAGGUUUUUAUGUAGCUUCAGGAUUAUCAGAGAAGCUAUGUGGUCUCAGUUGAGAGACUGCAAGUUAAAUUCAGGAGCAGGGAGAAAUCAGAAAACUGAAUUUUUAAACCUCUGCUGGAAAUUUUAUGCUGAUACUCAAGCAUUACAGGUAGCUACAAAGUGAUUACAAGCUCCUGAAAAAAAAAAACGAGGUACAAAGCCAAAGGGCAUUAGUUGCCUUGUAAUUCAGGCAUAUAAUUUCAUCACAAAUCCUGCAAAAGCAAUGGGACCAUUUCUGUUAAUUACUAGAGAAGAUUGCAGUUUGCUUGAAGCUCUUUUGGUUGAUUUUGACCCACUUGUAAAGGGACCUGGUAUUAAUUUGAGCAUAUACCCAAUUGUAAUUCUGAUUCAGCAGCAGGAUAAUAAAACAGAAAAGCUGCAGAAAGUCAGUAGCUUUUGAUUGCAUAGAUCAACAAAACAGGGAGAAAAUCAGUUUCUUAUCAAUUUUUCACUGACGUUUGGUGAAUGAGGAGGGAGGUGAGGAAAACUUGACAAUAUUUAACAUGCAUUGAUGCUAAUUUAUACUGCUUUAUGGGGCUUUUUAGUUGACUUUUUAGAAAUGCAUAUUAGUUAUGUGUCAGGCCAUUAGUCUUUAAAGUUGUAGAAUUGAAAUUAAGCCAGGCAAAGUUGCAUCUCUAUUGAAUUUUAUUUUCUAGUAUAAGAAAUAAACCAUUUUUCAUAUUGUUAUUUUAAUAUUUUUCUAUAAUAUUUCUGUAAUAUUAAUGCCUGGGAGAUAAUUCCAGAUAGAAUAAUGUUUUCUUUAAAUGCUAUUGUGUGACUGCUUAUGCCAGUAACUCUUUUCUCACUGAGAGGGAAAGAAGAGAUAUUUUUGUUCAGCUGAAGUAAAAUGUGAUGGGUUGUCCAAAAGUACAAAAAGAUACCUUUCUGGAUGAAAUAUGCAGAUCAACAUGAAUGAGACCAUUGUGGAAACAGAGUUUUAUCUUACAUGACUAUAACUAAUUUUUUCUAUUUACUGCUACCUUUUGCUUUAAAACAAGUACAAUGGAAAGUUUAUCCUUGCCUCUACAACAAAGACGAGAAAUAUCUCUCUAGAGAGCUAUAAAAAUGAACUACACUUGUUCUAUGUUUGAAGUAGUUCUUAGUAUUCUUUUCUGCAUAUUUUGUAGUAUUUGUGUGAAUGCUGAAGAGGAAAAGGCUUCUCAUUGAUCGUCUUUAUUAUAAUAAGAAAGCACAGCAAUCUUUAAAAAUUCAUUCUGUUCAUACAGAUGUGUGUGGACAUAUUCCCUUUCUUAAAGGAUUAGUAACUCUCCUGAACCUUGCAUAUGCAAGACAUACCUAUUUUUGAAAUUUUAUUCAAAAUAAUUCUGUAUAUCUUAUCCAACCAUCUGCAUUCUGUUGGUCUGCCUGCUGAACCAGAUAUUUAUUUCUUGGCCUAAAAAAAGUGUGGGGAUUCAAGCAUUCUGCAGUUUAAUAAAUCACUAGUUUUCUACUUGGUUCUUGAAAUUAUUUUUACAGUUAAUUUUUUGCCUUUCUUUGGUUGGAGCUGCAUGUUGUCAACAACCUUUGAAGUAAAAGGUACCUAUAAAAUCACCUGUUAUUUAGUAUUAAUGAAAGAUGGUAAUUCUAGAAAAGAACUGAACUGAAGGUAGAUAGGGGUUUUUUUAGCAAUUUAUAUAUAGCAUACUGUUACAUAAUGUAAUGAGGAAAUAUUUUGGAUGUUAACUGUUUACCAAAAAAAAAAUAUUGAUAAGUAUACAUUAAAACAAAUUAUAUAAUCUGACCUGCUGUUGAAGGGAAACUACAGUGAUAGAAGCCUGACAGUGAUUUAACAUGGAGAAUAUUUAGCCAUGGGUAAAAUGAAAAAACCUGGGGCUCUUCCUGAUUCCAGAUGCAUUCUGGUGAACAUUUAUCUUUCUGCUGAACCAAGGUGCUUACAGGUUGUCAGUAUAUUUGGGAUGGGAAACUCCUUGGACAAGUUUGUUCCCUGUAACAAUAUCAAAUCCAUUGUGUGUGUUAAUUUAAUGUAAAAAACAAGUCAGACAAUAAACGUAUCAAAAACAA